AUGCUAUUAAAUGCGUUUGAAAGAUCCGCCUGGAGAAUCGUGGCGUCACUGUGCGUGCUCAUGUAUGAUCUGGCGGCGUGGAUUAUCGCCUCGCUACCUCCCUGGACGGCAACGCAGUACUGGAGUGGGAGGAAAUGUGCUCGUGCCGCUUCUGCCAGUGAGGAAAGUGCCGAUUUGGCCGCGAGGCGUAGGACACAUUCUCCUACAGCUAUGGGCCGAGUCCCUCCUUCUGGCUUGGCGAGAGCGAUGAGGCGGGAGGAUGUGAGCAAGGAGCACACCUCCUCGGGGAGUUUCCCUCGGAGGAAUGUGCUAACGAGAGCGUGGAGGUGGGUGGUAACGGCUGCGUUGGCGAUAGCUGCAUCCCUGAGGUAUGCGGCUCGGGGGGUUGUUGCCACAUUCACUCGACUCUCAACUCCUGGGGCAGCUUCACCUUCAUCCCCUCCACUUCCUUCGGUCGUUGAUACUGCGGCUGGCUCGGCAAUAAAGCUAGCCUCGCCGCCCGUUGGAAGCCGUUCUCCCGGCCUCGACCCCGCCCCGCAGCUCGCUGCCGCCCGCCUCUGCCUCCUCGUAAUGCCUGUGGCGGUUGGCGGCGGUUCCCCGGUGCCGUGUUCGCCGCGGCCGUUUGGCGUGGCGUCAGCUGCGCUUGCCUCGCCGGUGCGGUCGGCGCCGGUUGCCCCUGUUGCGGCAAUGUCUGUCGCGGGUUCUCCUGCUCGCGCGUGCUCCAUGGUAGUCGACUCUGGACGAGAGUCGGCGGGUGUGGCCGUCCGACAGCGAGUGGUGUCGCCAGCGCCUGUGCCUGCCUUCGUUCUGGCGCCUGAGGCUGGCGUGGCGCCUCUCCCUGCUCCUGGCGCGGCGCCCUCUCCCGCGCCUCAUGUUCCGGUGUUGCCGUCGCCUGCUGAGACGGCGGCUGUUGCUGGGGUGGCACCUGCGUCUGGCGUGGCGCCUCCUCUUGCGCCUGUGGCGCCGCCCGUGGUGUCUCCUGCUGCAUCCCUUGAUGCACCUGGCGGGAGGUCUGCCCCUCCGCUCCCCGCGGCUUCCGCGUCUGGCCCCGCCCUUCCUCCUGUAGUGCAGCAGCGUAACUCCCGUCCCCAUUCGCCCACCCCCCGAGAUGAGCGAGAUGUAUCUCGUCGACGGCGUGAUUCCCCUCGCCGCCGGCAGCCGCAGGCGAACUGGCAUGCGCACCAGGGUGGUUGGAGGGGAGGUCGCGGUCGCGGGCGUGGCGGGUGGCUGGACGCGCCAGCAACGAUCGCGGACGUGCGACAGAUUGUGACAGAGGCGUUCCGCGACGGUCAGGCCGGCCCAGCAAGUCAGUACAGCUCGCGGCAUGCGCCUCCAACGCCGUCUGCUCCCCUUCCGGUCGCUCGCCCUGUGGUUGCUCCGGCGCCGGCGGUGUCGCUGCCGGCUCCCUCAGCCCCUGCUCGCAGUGGUGGAGCUGGGCUUCCUCGGCAUCAGCUACCCUCCCUGGCGGAGGAGCUCCUUCCCCCGCGGGCCGAAGUUCCGGAGGCGACUCUCGGCCAGUUGUGGAGGCUCUCGGAGAGCCUCCGUACGCUCCUGCUUGUGCAGUCCCUGGCGCACGGGUCUCUUCCGCCUGUUCCGGCGGAAUCUCUGCUUGACGGCCCGCGGGAUGACUGUCUUGACGCGGCCGACCAAAUUGCCCUCCUCCUAGCGCCUGUGUUGGCCGCGCCCGUGCGGGGAGGCAUUGGGGCUGUGGGGCAACUGGACGCGGCUGUCCUCCGCUAG